AUGCCCGCCCCUGUCCACACAGUCUAUCUCAGCACGACUGUGGUCGGAAACGACGCUCGUCUCACGAAGGCAUUGGGAGAUGUCUUGGGUAUCGGGGCGUGGUGGAGUUUCUACGUGGUUGACAACAAAUACAUCAUCACCUCGUACAAGGAAUCUGAGGAGCUCAAGCGCUCUCUGACGGAGAAGCUCAAUGAGUCCAAGUGUACUCCGUCGUUCACCAUUGCUAUGCUUCCUCAAGACAGUGAACAUGAAAACCCUAUUGCGAACCCAUCACAGUCACUUCAUGUAAUGUGCUUCACUCAUGGGCUCAUCCCCCCUCUGCCAUAA